AUUCCGGAAUUUGUUUUAAGCGGACACUCCCAUCACAUACUUCCUCUAAAAUAUUGGCUUCGGAAAACAACACCAACGAACCAAGCCUCUAGCAUAAACUACGAAAAAAAUCCAAAUUUGAGACAAUAAAUUCCAUCAAAUAAGUAUCGUAUCUGAAUACGUAACUUUCAAUACACAAAAUGCCCCAGAACGAGCACAUUGAGUUACAUCGCAAGCGCCAUGGCCAACGCCUGGACCACCAGGAGAGGAAGAGGAAGAAGGAGAGCCGUGAGGCCCACGAGCGAUCACAUAAAGCCAGGAAGAUGAUUGGUCUGAAGGCCAAACUCUACCACAAACAGAGGCACUCUGAGAAGAUCCAGAUGAAAAAGACCCUCAAGAUGCACGAGCAGAGGAAGACCAAGCAGAAGAACGAUGACAAGACUCCUGAGGGAGCAGUACCAGCCUACCUGCUCGACAGAGAGGGACAGUCCCGCGCCAAGAUCCUCUCCAACAUGAUCAAACAGAAGAGGAAAGAGAAGGCUGGUAAAUGGGAGGUGCCCCUUCCCAAGGUUCGAGCCCAAGGGGAGACGGAGGUGCUCAAAGUCAUCCGUACGGGCAAGAGGCAGAAGAAGGCCUGGAAGAGGAUGGUCACCAAAGUGUGCUUCGUAGGCGACAACUUUACCCGCAAGCCUCCCAAAUAUGAACGCUUCAUCAGACCCAUGGGUCUACGGUUCAAGAAGGCCCAUGUGACCCACCCGGAGCUGAAGGCCACGUUCUGUCUGCCUAUUCUGGGGGUGAAGAAGAAUCCCUCGUCACCCCUUUACACCACACUGGGGGUCAUCACCAAGGGAACAGUGGUAGAGGUCAAUGUCAGCGAGCUGGGCCUGGUCACGCAGGGGGGAAAGGUCAUCUGGGGUAAAUACGCCCAGGUGACGAAUAACCCAGAGAACGAUGGCUGCAUUAAUGCUGUACUGCUGGUGUAAAUUAAGAACUCGAUGGGACGGUCCCCUGGACACAGAUUAAGCCAAGUCCUGGACUAAAAAUAAUUGAAUGGAGAUUUUCCAGUGUUUUUUUAUAGUCCAGGACUAGACUUAAUCUGUGUCUGGGAAACGACCCCAUCAAUAGAGACUGUGCCUGUAACAUACAGCCAGAGCUAUGGCUGGCAUGGAAUAACAGACCAGACCAGGAACACUGAAACAUCUGGGAAUAAACCAUGUGUGUUCAGCCGUGGAGAAAAUCAAGAAAACACAGAAAAGAUCAGAUGCAGUAUUUUGCUACAAGGUGUCUUGUAACUAAAUACUAAAACAUGCUCAAAGGUAUGUGUGACUAAAUAUAAGGGGUUGUGCUUUUGUCCUAAAUUUGUUAUAUAAAUUGUUUUUGACUGCUC